AUGAUCUCACCACUUGCACUCCUCUUUGGUGUUCUAACAGACAUAGUCCAGAUGUUCCCUUCGCCCCCUAGUCAGCAACUGCAAAUACGGUAUCCCGGGGGCCAAUGGAUCACUCCUGGCAUGGACUUAGAUAUCCGAGAGGCCAGCAUGAUUCCCGAGAUCAGCAGCAAGAACCUCGGAUGCAACAAGAAAUACAUCACCCUCUUCAUCGACCUCGACGCCAUCCUACCAGGAACCCAUAUCCAAUCAGUCAUUCUACACUGGUACCAGCCAAACCUAAUGAUGGAUUGUACAAAGCCGUCACCCCCUUCCAUAAUCGUUCCAGGAAAAGACCACGGGGACAGACAUAACCCGGCAGCCUCGUACAUAGCUCCUCGUGCACCACCAAACACGCAUCAUCGUUACGUCUAUCUCCUUUUCGCGCAGCCCCCAGCCUAUCAAUUUCCGGAUUGCUUUGCACAUGUGUUCCCUAAGACUAUUAGCGCACGUGCCGGAUUCGAUAUCAGGAAGUUUGUUCAGGCAGCAGGGUUGAGCCCUCCCAUUGCUAUGAACUAUUUCAUUGGCAGACAUGAACCUGCCGAGGGAGAGACAACCACCAUGCCUGACAGUGCGACAACGACCUCGUUCCGUUCCGUGGAUUGUCCCACGAGCACAGCCGGAUUGGUGGCAUGA